ACGUUUAUAGGAAACUGCACACGACACUUUGUUUUUAAGCGGACAGUUUUGUGUUAUCAAUCCUCUCGGAGUACACCGAAAAUUUACAGAUCUGUAAGGAAGAUGGCCGUGAUCUGGUAUCUGCUAACCCUUUUAAUUGCCAUUAACCAGGAUGCACAGACAAGGAGCUACAAAAACAACAAUUUGAUGUUGCCGAACGAUUUUCUAUUCAACAUGUCGCAUAUAGUUUUACAAAGCGUUCUUUUUUGUGGACCUAAUAUUAUCUGCGACAAAUCUUUGCUCACUUUGUUGGACAUUCCAAACAUAUCAGAAUCUGACAGCACUCGGUGUGGCAAAUGUUCCUGCAAUGACAAUUGUGUAUGUCUUCAAAAUUGUUGUCCCGAUAUUUUCUUCAAACAUGGGCUGCCAGAAUGCAAGAAUGUAAAAGUGUUAUCGAAGGGACCUUUGUUAGAUAAAAGAGAUAUUAUCAGAGAAGUGGUGGCUUCCUGUCCAAUUGGAACAGACCUAACUUUAUCAGGGAAGUGUACAGAGGAUCGAUUUGAUGUAGACGCCCUUCUUCAUCCUCCAGUAGCUAGUGACGUAACAAUGGUUUCAUACAGAAAUAAGUACUGCGCAAUAUGCAAUAAAGCAACUUACUGGAAAGAAUGGAGUGUGAAGUUUCAAUGCAAAACAAUAACAGAUUUCAACUUCCUUUCAUCUUACCAAGAAAUGAUAGACCUGGCAUAUGAAAAAGAAUGUAGCAUAAUACCUAGUCCCCCAGGGCCGCUUUCAGAUUGUGACUUUGAUUUAAAUGGGAAGAUUACAUCCUGUAAUGUUACAGAGUCAUGGCAUAAUUAUGAUGAGCAGGUAAAACAAGCAUGCCUUAGCACUUAUGUUCAUCCAAUAGGCAUUUUCAAAAACAUUUUCUGUGCCAUAUGUAAUCCACCUAAAUUUCAUGAGGAAUUCCUGGUUGAUGAAUGUGAAAACACCACCAGCGUAAACAAAACGGCAUGCACAAUUCUUCCAUUUCUAGAAGCUUCGUUUCCAUUCAAGAAUUACUUUUGCUUUGCUUGCAAACAAGAUUUUAACAAUACCGUAAUUUUUGCUGACGUUGAUGUUGAAUGGACAUCCGAAAGUUAUAACAAGAACUAUGAAUAUCCAUUCCAAUUCACAAUAUCAUUUGCUUAUAAUUAUACUAGUUUAAAUAACUAUAUCGAUCAAUACUUCAGGACGUCCAAUGCAGAUCACAAGACCUUACCACUGUUUACAGAGCAUUACAAACAUAGAACAGAUCAGGUAGAGUGUUCACCGAAAUCUGAUAACAUGCUCCCCCCAAUGGGACAAGGCAACUUCCAAGCACCAGGGUUCCCGCCAUUUCUAAGACCUUCCCUCUCAUACAUGAAAGAUCCAUCCUCGAUUAUUGGAGUCCCUCCAACCAACAUAACCAAUCUAAUUCGAAAGAGUUUUGCGUUCUCGCGAUAUGGUGCCUGUACACCAGGAUUAUUGCCAAACUACACCAUGCCUCUGCAGAAACAAUGCUCCUGUACUGUGGGAUGUAGGUCAGAUUGUUGCGACGAUUUUGCCUUAAAAGUUCCUUGGACUUGUAUUGAUGAUCGUUACCAUAAAGAUGGGAAUAGCAAUGAUUAUUUAGCGAUUGGAGGAUGCAUCGACGACAAGGACUUAUAUGAUUUGUGCACGAGUAAUGUCACCUCACAAAUAUAUCACAUGUUUCCUUUGACAUCAAACACUGGAUACAAAGAAACAUAUGUAAACGUGUUCUGUUAUUUGUGUAACAAAAACUUUAACCAUAAAAAGCAAACUACCAUCACUGGAAACUUUACACAAGAAAUUGAACUUUGGCCAUUGAACGUUGAGUGCAAAACAUUUAUAAAUUACAGAAAUUUUCAUUCAUUACAAAAUCUGAUUGCAUAUUUUAACAGGAGGUCGUGUGUGCUGAAAUUUUUACCCCACACCAGUGCUUCUAAAUGCAGUGAUGCCUGUUACGAAGAUGAUGUUAACGCUAUCAUAAGAUGCAAUGUAUCCGGAACUUGGGAUAAUUUUGACAAAGACGUCAUUAAAGCGUGUGAGAAUAUGGGAACAUACAUAUUUCCACCUAUCGAAGUCGACAAUAUUGUUUAUAAAAACAAAUUUUGCAAGAUCUGCAAUCCCUUUCAAGCAACUCCAUUGCGUAACAACUGCAGUAGCGUUCCGGAAGACUCGAACGCUAAUGUUGUGAAAGCAUGUCAAGAAUUCCCGAUCAUCAAUGCUUGUUUUCCGUUUGAGAAUGUGUUCUGCGAAAUGUGUAUGAAUAAUAUCUCUGAGUCUCAAUGUUAUCGAGAAGUAAAAAUCAAAGAAGAAUAUAGUACAACUAUUUUACCUAUAUUCCCAGGACCGAUCUUCACAACCUCAUCCCAUCCCCCCCUUCUCCCCGAGGAACUUGGGACGUUCAGAUCAUCGUUCAGUCUAAGAUCCUAUGAUACUCCGUCAAUUGUCAAUGAAGAGGAAAAACUUGCAACAUGUCAACAUAACCAGAUACUCAACGAAUUUGAGCAAACGUGCUGGAAUUUGACAUGCUUUCCUGGCAAGCUACUUCGAAAUGAAACCUGUGUCUCACUGUUGCCAAUGACAUCAAAUUUACGGUAUACGCUUGCCGUGAAGAUUGAGUUGUCUACUUUUAUUACGAUUAAUGCAACCGUCCAAGAGUCUAUGGAAGGAAUGAAAGAAUACGUAACGACAAAAAUGAAACAACUACUCCGUACCGAUUUUUUCAUAGAAGAUAUCACAUUAAUGAGCUCAGUAAGCUGUGAUGAUAUGUUUUUUAAUGUUAGUGAGGUGUAUUUGUACUUAGUGAUUUUCAUUGAUAAGAGUGUUUAUCGUGAUCAAUUGGAGCAGAAAUUGAUUGACUUCACAGAAUCGUCUUUUAUCUGGAAUCAUCUGUCAAAUAAUUCAGCGUUGAUUGGAAAUACCUUCGAGUUAAACAUACAGAUUUCCAGAAUUGUACAGCCUGUUUUGAAGUCCACCCUUAUGUCGAAUUUAAAGAGGAAAAACCACUGUUUUGUUGCAAAUGUCGAAGAAGACUACCUGGCUUCCAUGUUUGCAAAUGUGAUUGUGAGCCCCUUAUUAACUUGUCCACAAGUUCUUCUAAAAGAAAACGAAACUGAACUCGAUUGGGAAAACACCCUAACAGAAAAUACUUUCUUGAGUUUGGCGCCGUCCUUUCAUCACACUUCAGAUAAUGAUGGUAUUCGAGUAUGUGCUGGGAGCAUAUCCUAUAUCAAGGAACUAAAAUCAAAAGAAUUAGAUGACAACUUUUCAUCUCUGACAAUCGUUACUUUGAUUUGUAUUAUCGUUUCUUUGCUUUGCUUGAUUCUAACCCUGAUAACGUAUUGCAUGUUUCCCAGUCUGAGGACCCUUCCAGGAAUUAACAAUAUGUUUUUGGUAGCAUCUCUCUUUUUGGCACAAUUCCUUAUGAUUGUCAGACCCUAUUUCCAUUCAUCAUCUCUGGUUGCAGCCUCUGUUCUUUCGCAUUUUUCUUGGCUGUCAACGUUUCUAUGGUUACAGGUCUGUUCUUUUCAUAUGUUUCGUGUCUUCAGUGCCAAAGGUCGAUCAAAAUUUCUGGGAGGGAAAGGGAGAAAGCUGAUAGUCCAAUACGUUUUGUAUGCUUUUGGUGUUUCUUUUUCUAUUGUUACCUCUAACGUUUCCAUUUCAUUGAUAGUUACUAAUGGUGAAAACACAGGAUACGACAAAACGUCAACUUUAAUGACAUACAAAAUUGCAUUUAUUACAACUCUCGUAACACCCAUAGCUUUUGUUUCUGUGACAAAUAUCAUAUUUUAUACCUUCACUGCAUAUAAAAUUUAUUCUUCACCAAAAAUUGAAAACACAACCGGAAAUAGGAUUCACUUCGGCGUGUAUGUGAAGUUGUUUACCCUGACUGGGUUGUCCUGGGUUUUACAAAUGGUGGACAUGUUUUUGGAGUUGUCAGCUUUCUCGUAUUUUGUUGCCAUUCUCAACGGCUUGCAAGGCCUGUUUAUCUUUGUCAGUUAUGUUUGUAACAGACGGGUAUGGAAGCUGUAUGUGACAUCAUGUUGUACAGGUACAGUGUACAAGUUUGUGUCUAGUUCUAAAACAGACACAACCACUAUAUAAGCCUUACUGAAAGGAUUGGACUUUGUUGAAAUGUUGAAAUCGCGAUACUCAUAAUUAAUAAAAUUUUGGAAACCAUUGCAAAUAAUUAUAAUAUAAAAAAACCCAUAUAAUUAAUCGAAAAAAAUAAAUGAAAAACCACGAAAAAAUGUCAUGUUGGAUUCCUAUUUUCAGUGUUCUCUUCUCGUGGUUGAAUUCUUAUAAUUAUAGAUAGAAUUGACGGUAGUACCGGUGUUUCCGGUGCAGUGUUUUUCUUCUAAACUGGAAAAACUGUAUCUAUCUAUCGACUGUCGAUAACAUUAUAAUGAUUUAAAAAAUAUUGUCAACAAAAUUAUUAAAAAUGAAAACUAAAUUCCAUUCUCUGAUUGAAAGUAUCAUCAAGCGUUGUUAUUGCGAUCACAGAAAGCGAUUUAAAAAAUGUAAUUUUUUGAAGUUUUUUUUUUGGACAGAUAUUGGGGCUAAUAUGGAUGAUGAUUAGGUCUUGUUCAUGUAAAAUAUGUCCACCGGAAGUGCUGACCGACAAACCGGAAGUUGUCUCAAACAUGGGUAUUUUUGUCGAAAGUUAAAAGUAUGAUUAGUUGAGAAUUAUUAAGGUGUAGAAUGAAAUAUUUAUUCGACUGGAGCUCUUCCGCUCAUGACCGGAAGUGAAUAAAGACAACAGGAAAGUAAUUCGAAAAAAAAAGACUUUUCACUUUUUAAAUAGAGUUUCCCCUUUUUUUCUCGACACAAUUUCUCAGAGAUGGCUGAGGAUUUUCUUUUCAGUCGAUAAUUAUGUCCGAUUUCCAUUUUUUAAAAAAAAAUAUCAACCGCAAUAACCGCAAGAUAAACGGUAAAAGAUUUAGACAUUUGCUGCAAGUUUUCCGAUUUUCUACCAUCGUCAACUCUGUCUUCAAAUACAGACACAACAAGAAUGUGAGCCUAAAUUAUGAGUUUGUAUGCUGUACAUAGAUUAUAUCUUAUCAUUUCCUUGAAUGGGUUGAUUAUAGUAUUUCUUGUAUGCUAUGUUUAACACAUAAAUAAGAUCAUGAUUGUCUCUUGAUUGCAUUGAGAUGAUUUCUAGAAAAUCUUUCUGCAAGUUUCUCUGUCUUAUGAAAUAAUCGUCGAUGCACAUAACUGUGUCCGAUGUUCCGUAUCAUCCCAUGUUACGAAGCCGAACCUUUGGAACAGUACCAUAUAGCAAGUUUGUCCGCGUUUGUAAAAUAUACCCUUUCUUAAGCUCAAAUAUAUAAAUAUAUAAUUUUAGCGUAAUUUAUUGUAAAAAUUAUGGAGUUUCAAAACAAUGAAAUGGAUAAGCAGUGUAGCGUUAAUAACUUAUCUGUAAAACAUUUCAUUGAAGUCAGACACAACUGGAAAAGAGUUAUUUGGUUAUCUCCCAAGCUGAAAAAUGCUACUGUACCUUUGGUAUAAAACAAUUGUAACACAGAGUUAUCUUUCUUGGGAAAAUAUAAAUUAUCAUUACAGACACAUUUGGUGCAUUUAGCCAUUAAAUAUUUGGUGACAUGAACUGAAACUGCUAAGAUAAGCCAAACUUUUGACCCCGUGACCCCCCACCUUAUAAGGCAUACCGUUUUGUAUUCGUCUGCUGGUGUAUGGCAUAAACAUCUCCAUUAUUGAAUGUUCAAACAAUAAGGACACAGUGCGUGGUCUAGAGCGUUCGAAUGCGGUACGAGGUUUUAUACAUCUUCAUAUACAAGAAUUUAUACAUGUAAUCCUUUGAGAAAAAGGUGGAUACUAUAUGCGUAGGAAUAAACAUACAUCGAAUCGUUGUCAUUAGAACUAGAGUAGUGCGACAUUAGCACAGGAUACAAUGGUUACAAUAAAAUAUCUGAUGAA